AUGACUAUUUAUCUGAUUGUGGAUGGACAUCAGUCAAACAUUUUAUCGAAACCGGAAAAAUUUGAGGAAACUGAAAAGAAAAAUUCUAUUUAUAUUCAAAUCGUCAAGGAGCUGCUUAGUGUCUUAGCCAGCCGAAAACCGGACUCAGAAGUUGAAGUGGAGCUGCUUAGUGUCUUAGCCAGCCGAAAACCGGACUCAGAAGUUGAAGUGUUCUGGGGAAAUAUUUCCUGUAUCCGAACAAAAGCUUCGAGCGAUCAGGUUAUUACAUCUUUGGAAGAAGUGAUUUCCAAGAACAGAGGCAGCCUCCACCUUGGCCGUCUUUUUGACAAAAUCCGACCCAAAAUGAAUUCUGAUGAUGCUAUUGUAUUACUUACUGAUGCUUAUAUGUUCAAAGGCGACAUCACUUCUUACCCGCGAGGGUUGAUGUUUUCUAUAGUCGUAGAUACGGGAAUUGUAAAUUCUGAUCAGAUGGCCGAAUUAAACGAGCUUUCAACUACUUGCAAUAGCGAAAUGCGUUCCGACAGCAAUCAAAAACACUGGGUUUUGCGAUAUUCCGAAUUCAGCAGUGUGAGUGCACUAGUCGCUGAGUUAAUGAACUCUCUACAAGAACCUGAUUUUACCACUCUUUACGUGGGAAAUCUUUCUGCUUUAAUACAGCUCCAACCAUCUACCGACAAAGAUCUUCCUGAUAAUAUCGAAGUAAUUGGCUUCGUA